AUGGAACAAAACAAUGAAACAUCUGGGGGAGAUUUUAUUUUGCUUGGAUUCUCAGACCAGCCUCAAUUGGAGGCCAUCCUUUUUGUGGUCAUUUUGACAUCCUCUCUUUUGACCCUCCUGGGCAACACAGCCAUUAUCCUGGUCUCCUGCCUGGACUCCAAACUUCACACACCUAUGUAUUUCUUCCUCACAAAUCUCUCGUUUCUUGACCUUUGCUUAGCUACCAGCAUCGUCCCCCAGUUAUUUACUGUCCCACAGAUGCUAGUCAACCUUCGGGGACCAGAAAAGACCAUUAGCUAUGGUGGUUGCGUUGCCCAGCUCUAUAUUUCCUUGGCCUUGGGUUCUACAGAAUGCAUACUUCUAGCCAUCAUGGCCUUUGACCGUUAUGCUGCUAUUUGCAAGCCUCUUCGUUACCCAGUCAUCAUGAACCAGAGACGCUGUAUCUACAUGGCUACUGGGACCUGGAUUAGUGGCUUUGCUAACUCCCUUGUGCAGUCCACUCUCACUGUGUUGACCCCAAGAUGUGGGCAGAGGGUGAUGGACCAUUUCUUCUGUGAAGUUCCUGCUCUUCUGAAACUAGCUUGUACAGAUACCCAUGUGAAUGAGGCUGAGCUCAAUGUGCUAGGGGCUUUGCUACUUCUGGUGCCCCUCUUCCUCAUCCUGGGCACUUAUGUGUUCAUUGCCAGGGCAGUAAUGAGAAUCCGCUCUGCUGAAAGUCGCUGGAAGGCCUUUAAUACCUGUGCUUCACAUUUACUGGUGGUCUCUCUCUUUUACUUUACAGCCAUCAGUAUGUAUGUCCAGCCUCCCUCUAGUUAUUCUCGGGACAGAGGGAAGAUCAUGGCUCUCUUCUAUGGAAUCGUCACACCCACACUCAAUCCAUUUAUCUAUACACUGAGGAACAAGGAUGUGAAAGCUGCCCUUAGAAGGGCACUAACUAAGGAAUUUUGGGUCAGGACAAGAUGA